AUGACUUCAUUUGGCCUAGACGAGCUAGAAAGGGCACAGAACACGAACAUUCGGCUAGCCAAGGAGUCACUAGCCCGACUUGGCAAGCCUGAUCCUGAUUGGGAGAUCGACUUGGAUCCGAGUGGCUCUGAGGACGACGACUUCGAUGCCCAGGAGGAAUCGAGACAUGGCGUCAAUAUAAUUGUACCGACUGAUUCCAAAUCAAAAACUGACUCAUCUAAGACACCAUCAACUCGGACUCAGCAAGUUAUUCGGCCGAUAGACAGGUCAGUUGAUACGGCGCUGCAUGAUGCCACUACAACUGAACGCUCCACGGAGCAAUUGGGUGUAGCCGAACAAAUUACUGGUGAAUUAGAACCGGAAGAAUGCACAGAGAAUCCUUUUCCUGCCAGCAUGCGUCAUUCAAGCGAUGAAAGGGACGCUGAAUGGCUUGCAGCUAGACGUGGAAAGCGUGAGCAGGCCCUGCAAGCUCGUCUUCGUGCUUCAUUUAAGCCGACCCGGGGCAAAGUUGCAACCACCACAGUUGUGCCUGAGAAUGUACAUGCACCCCGGGGCGCUGAGACUACAAUGCCACUUAUGCGCUCAACUCAUCCGAUUAAGACUGAUCCUAUAACCAUGCCUGACCUCGAAUCUGAGUUGCCUCGGAAGCAUACAGUUGAGGGAGAAAAACAACUGGUACAUGAGACAAUGCCAAGCGAUGAUAUUCAAGACUUGAAAGAUAGUCAGAAGUUUGGUAAAGUAACCAAACGUGAAGAGACGGUUAGGAGCCCAGUUCAGGGCUCUGAUUUGAUAAAGACUGUGUCGGGGCAGAAGAUCAAAAGACGACCUAUGGAGCAGAUUGAUGAUAGUUCGGCCAAGCUGAAGAAGCAUAAAGCGGAGCCUGGAUAUUUAGAAAGUUCACACGAAACCUUAACUUCGAGUUCCACUGGAAAAAGAGGAAUGACACAAGGAAAAUUGCAAGAUGCGCAAAAACAGGCCCUUGAAAUUUUGCACAUAACCAAGGAUAGCUUUAAGGAAGAAAAUAAAAGGUUUGUAGAAAGUGAUGAGCAGCUGGUCGAAGACUCAUCAGUUUCCGAAGAUGAAGGUACAAGUGCCCCUCAGCUGGAUUCCCUUCGAAUUGGCUCCAUUAGUAGUCUCUCGGAAGAAAUACCCAACCUUGAACUGACACGAAAGUUGGCCCUACACUUGUCGAAACCCAAGGUAGGCAGAGCAAUGCAUUUAUAUAAACGUCAUGUUAUAAGUUACUAA